UAGCUAUAUGUAUCUAGCGGUACGUAUAAUCUUUUCGGUGUUGUGACUCAUCGACUUGUCAGCCUCAAAUAAUUGCACAGUAUACGAUAUUAAAACUGUAACCUAACAAAAGAAUCGAUUUCGUAAUUCAAGAUAGUAUUUUGAUCGUUUAAAGUAAGUAGAUACUCUCGAUCGCAACCAUGGAUUGGUUAUUUGGAAAGCGUAUUACUCCAGAGGAAAUGCUCAGGAAGAAUCAGAGGGCUUUAAACAAAGCAAUGAGAGAUCUUGACACAGAAAAGAUGAGAAUGGAACAGCAGGAAAAGAAAAUUAUUGCAGAGAUAAAGAAACUUGCCAAGGCCGGGCAAAUGGAUGCUGUGAAAAUUAUGGCUAAAGAUCUUGUGAGAACUAGGCGUUACGUAAAGAAGUUCUUAUUAAUGAAAGCAAACAUCCAAGCGGUUUCUCUAAAAAUUUUAACGUUACGUUCGCAAAAUACAAUGGCACAGGCAAUGAAAGGGGUCACAAGAGCAAUGCAGAAUAUGAACAAACAAUUGAAUCUUCCUCAAAUACAAAAAAUAUUGCAAGAGUUUGAGAAACAAUCAGAGAUAAUGGACAUGAAAGAAGAAAUUAUGAAUGACGCGAUAGAUGAUGCAAUGGAGGAUGAGGAAGACGAAGAAGAAAGCGACGCAAUUGUGUCACAAGUUCUAGAUGAACUAGGUCUACAAUUGACAGAUCAGCUGUCUGGUCUACCACAGGCAUCAGGUUCUCUGAACGUAACAGGUUCGAAACAACCGGUUGCAACUACUGCGGGAAAUGAUGAUGGGGGAAAUCUAGUGGAUGCAGAUGCCGAUCUGCAAGCUAGACUUGAAAAUUUACGACGCGAAUAAACGUGCAUAUAGUUGAAAAAAGUGUAAAGUAUGUAAAAAAAAAAAGUAUGCACCAAUAUUAUAAGCACAUUUGAUUUUAUACGCUCCGCGGCUUUAGUCAGAGGUACAUAUACUAUAAUAUAGCAUUUGCACCUCGAUUUAUCCAUUUAGAUGUACAAUUUGUAACAUAAUGACAUUUGCGAUUCCUUGGGAAUUCAUAUUAACGAAGGAAGGCAUCUUUGUUGCCUCGAGUAUUUAUUAACCAUUAUGUUACUGUUUUCUCUUUUCUUUUUUAUAUAAAAAUGAAGCAACUUUACAACAGGAAGAGUUAAUGUAUCUUAGCGUCCCUGAAUGUUUUUUUGUACAAGGGAAUUUGUAAAAACUACCGAAUUACGUGCCGAGCAUAUUGUAAUAAAUACGUAUUGUAUUUUGAUAAAUUACAUGUACAUAAUUUUACUUGAAAACUUUCUAGCUUACGUACAUGUACAUAUACUUUUAUUUUUUUAUACAAACCGUUUCUGCAUGAAAAAAGUAGGAAUACGAACGCGAUAAAAUAUAAGUUUACUUACUGUUUUUACCGGAACAUAAUCUUUCAGUGCCUCGCGUAACAUUUGCUUUCGGCAAAUACAAAAUUACGAAGGAAAAUUUUCAAAUUCAGCCGUGUUAAUUGAUAUUAAUAAUAUAAAUUGCUUAUUUAUACAAGCAUUGUGGAACUGUCGAGUAUUCUAAAAUAUAUUGAUUCAGCCAAUAAAAUAUUAAA